AUGGUGGGCAAGAAAUACGAGGCGGGCGGCAUAGCCAAGGACGGCGCCAAGAUGGUGCGCGCAGUGGCCAACGCGGGCGUGCCCAAGAUCACAGUCAUCGUGGGCGGCUCCUUCGGCGCAGGCAACUACGGCAUGUGCGGGCGCGCGUAUGGCCCCCAGUUCCUCUACAUGUGGCCCAACGCGCGCAUCAGCGUGAUGGGAGGAGACCAGGCCGCGGGGGUGCUGGCGCAGGUCGAGGAGGAGAAGCGCGCGCGCGCCGGCAAGCCCUGGCCGGCCGAGGAGGCGGCGGCGUUCAAGGAGGCCAUCGCCGCGCGAUACGACAGCGAGGGGUCCCCCUACUAUGCGUCCGCGCGGCUGUGGGACGAUGGCGUAAUAGACCCCGCGGAAACGCGGCGCGUGGUGGGCCUGAGCCUGGCCGCAGCGCUGAACGCGCCGAUCAAGGACACGCGCUUCGGGGUGUUCAGGAUGUGA